AUGUUUUCUACAAAAUCUGUUUUUUUCCUCGUCCUUCUCCCAGUUGUCGCUUAUUGCUAUAAGUGUGCAGUAUCUGACAGCGCCACUGACAACGGUGUCUCAGAUUGCUCAUCGUCUAACUUCUGUGUCACCAUGGAAGAGUACAAUGCCAAUGGAGACUGGGUCAAGGAAGUCAGACAAUGCGACCAUAUAAAUUGCCGAUCCAACGGAAAGCGCAGCGUCUACAACCCAGCUGGACUUACUACCACAACCUAUGAUUGCUGUACUGGAGACUACUGUAACAGUGCUACAAGCAAAGGACUUAUUGCUCUCCCUGUCCUAAUUUUGUCCUAUGUUCUUUUCAAGUGA